AUGGAAAAGAAAGGAUCGGGAAGGGGUGCCGGUGCGCGGGAGAGCAAAUCAUCCGCUGUUGCAGCAACUUGCAAGCACCAACACCCCUUGCCACCCUCGAAACCCGGUGGUGUUGAGGGAACAGGUGCCGUUGAGACGGGAACCAUCAAGGAGGAAGUGGCUUCACGUGAUAAGAUACGGGAACGCCGCAACUGGCUCAUUUAUGAGCUUUACGUCCGACAGGAAUACAGUCAGUGCUGUGCAGUUAUUGAUGCACAGUUGGCGGAGUGUAAUGGCACAUGCGAGUAUGCUUUGUUCGUAAAGGGGUUGCUUACGAGGCGGAGUGGCGACUUGACGAUAUCAUUCCAACAUUUUCAGAAGGCGUUGACUCUUAAUCCCGGGAGUCCCGCUUGUCUGCAACAGCUCGCUCAAACCUCCCUUCUGCUUGGCAAGUUUUAUGAAGCGAUCGAAAGUUUCCAGAGGGCUGAGGAGGCACGUGCAGCACGGGGUUUUAGGAAAGACUGGUCACUGCAAUAUGGAGUAGGUCUUUGCUACGAGUAUAUGAGGGAGUACCGGAAGGCAGAAGAGGCCUUUGUGAGCUCCAUGCAGAUACAGCGAUUUGACUGCACAGUGCUGCGAUUGAGUAAAGUUCUUGUAUUACAGAAGCAGCACUCGCGCGCUAUUAGUUUGCUUGAAGAAGCUGUCUUAGGAUCUCCUGACAAUCCCGAUAUGCUAACGGUACUGGGUUUGCUUUAUCUACGGGUAGACAGACCCGCAAAAGCCUUCAACUACUUGGGAAGAUGCCUAAUCUUGAACUCGUCCGACUCUAGGGCAACCAUGGCGGCUGCGAGCAUUAUGCAAGAGAAUGGAGAGUUUGGUGUGGCGCUAAACAAGUACCGAGUGGCCGUGCCAAAGCUUCCAUCCUCUGCUUGCCUAUGGAGCAAUAUUGGGAUGUGUUUCUUUGGUCAGAAGAACAUGCACGCGGCCGUCGCAUGCCUGCGGAGGGCAGCCUCUUUGUCUCCAUUUGAGUGGCGUAUCGCAUACAACCUAGGUCUCGUAUUUUUACACCUCAAGCAGUACGCUUCCGCUUUUCACUACCUUUCUGCAUCGACUCACUUGCACGGGAAGUAUGCGUUGGCCUUCAUGCACAUUGGUGUCUGCCUUGCGCUAAUGAGCGACUCGGACAAUGCCUGUGCAGCGUAUAAUCGCGCGAUUUCCAUACAAGACGAUCCACUUAUUAGAUUGAACUACUGCAUCACUCUCGUUCACUGCGGGAAGGAUGCAGAGGCUCGUGAUCAGUUAGAUAAGUUCAUACAGAUGAGGGAGCGAGGAAAGGAAAAUUCUCAGCAGCAUCCACAGCUAGAUGUGGGACCAGUCGUUCCAAGGGCGUUAACCCUCCUUACGGCAAAGCUACGCAAAUGA